CGUGGCAGGCGCCAGCGAGGCCAGCGGGAAGAGGAGGCGCUGCCCGGCGGGUGGGACGCUUGGCUGGGCCCCGGCCCGCGCUCCACCGGCGCGAUGCUCUUCUCGCUCCGGGAGCUGGUGCAGUGGCUGGGCUUCGCCACUUUCGAGAUCUUCGUACACCUGCUGGCCCUGUUGGUGUUCUCCGUGCUGCUGGCACUGCGCGUGGACGGCCUGGCCCCCGGCCUCUCCUGGUGGAACGUGUUCGUGCCCUUCUUCGCCGCUGACGGGCUCAGCACCUACUUCACCACCAUCGUGUCGGUGCGCCUCUUCCAGGACGGAGAGAAGCGGCUGGCGGUCCUCCGCCUCUUCUGGAUCCUCACGGUUCUGAGCCUCAAGUUCGUUUUCGAGAUGUUGUUGUGCCAGAAGCUGGUGGAGCAGACUCGGGAGCUGUGGUUCGGCCUGAUCACGUCUCCGGUCUUCAUUCUCCUGCAGCUGCUCAUGAUCCGCGCCUGCCGGGUCAACUAGCCUGGCAGAGGAGCUGGAAAGGGAGCUCUCCACGACUAGAAUGCUGGACCCAAAAUUGAGGACCCCCCGCCCCACAGACGAGAGGAGAAGUCUGGGUCUGAAAGCAACUGCAGCUGGUACCCUGCAGAGUGCUCAGUUUUCUCUAUACCAGUCAUGUCUGGAACGGUUCCCUCAGCAGGGAUGAAAAGAGCAGUCUGAUCCUUAAAAUGUAUUUCCUGUUAUUUCAUGCUUUGAAUAGCUAAUCUGAAUCGAGAUCUUGAGAAGAGCCCCAAGGUAGACAGUCCUGAACUCCUCUGGCAGUUGGAAACUGCAUAUGAGUAAAAUAUCCUAAUGGGCUCUGAGUAUUUUCAUGGAUCCUGGGAAAGUACCCCUUGUGCAAAGCCUGCGAAGCCAGCCAGCCAGCAUCACUGACCUAAGAGCUUACUGUCCCAUUCACCCAGAUGAGACUUCCUUAGAUGUUUGAGCUCUAAAAAGUGUAAACCAGCUUGUGUCUCCUCUCCUGUGCCACUGGGGAAAGGAUGGCCCUUUCUUCAUUCCAGCCAAGGCAGCCAGGAAUAUGUUCAGUAAGCAUCAUCAGGACCCUCUCUGGAGAAAUUUCACCUGAGAAAAGAACUUUGCUUUAAAGGCUCGGCUUGGUUUCCUACCCUCGCAGAUUGCAGUGUCAAGACUUUUCUACCACCUUGUGGCCAGCACUGUUAGCGCACCUGAGACGGACUUAAGCCUCACUAAGGGACCAGAGAGAGGAAGAGGUGCUCUGAUUGAUGCUCAUAGGCAUUGAGACUUGCAAGUGGGAAGUUUGCAAAAGGUCUCAGCCCACAUUUGUUGGCUUGAGGUCUUUAGUUUGGUACCAGUCAGGUGCCAAAUGAGAACAUGCUAAGAUAAAAAUAAAAGAAUGUUUUUGCCGAAGUGCACAGAAGUUGCCUGACCCAUGAGGAGUGAAAUCAAAUGAGUGCUGAGACACUCACUACUGUGUGGUAUAGCUGGUUACAGAGCUGCAGUUGUAAGAGGGCUGGAACCUGUUAGAGCUCCAUAGGUGGAUGGAGGUUUCCCUCGGAGAACUCUUACUUCCUGCCUUGGGAGGCGACAUGAAGGCAUGGGGUAGGCCCAUGCUGAGAUCCUACCAAGUAGUUUGUGUGACGUCAAAGCCUUGGUAUC